CGUGUGUUUUGCGUUACUGUCACUGUCAGUGAGAAGGACUGAUCGGUGGCCAAGGAGCAUGCACAAGAUGCUGACAAUUAUAUCUAACGUGCUGAGGGGUAGCGCUGGCAAAAAUUGUCGUAAACACAUGUCGCAGUUGAAACAUUCCACUGUUUCAGAGGGGACCAGGGUGAUCGUGUCGUCACGCACGUAUGCUGACUUCACUCCCGAAGCCACCUUUGACAUAAAGAAAUGCGACGUGCACCGUCUGGAGGAGGGCCCCCCCGUGCAGGCGGUGCUGACCCGUGAGGAGGGCCUCAAGUACUAUCGCACCAUGCAGACCAUGAGGCGGAUGGAGCUCAAGGCCGAUCAGCUAUACAAGCAAAAAAUCAUCAGAGGCUUCUGUCACCUGUAUGACGGCCAGGAAGCCUGUGCAGUAGGCAUCGAGGGGGGAAUCAACCUGUCGGACCACCUGAUCACAGCAUAUCGUGCUCACGGCUACACCCUCACAAGGGGCGGCACAGUCAGAGAGAUCAUGGCUGAGCUUACCGGGCGUAGAGGAGGCAUUGCUAAGGGCAAGGGAGGCUCCAUGCAUAUGUACACGAAAAACUUCUAUGGGGGCAAUGGCAUCGUGGGGGCCCAGGUACCCUUGGGAGCGGGGGUAGCCCUCGCCUGCAAGUACCAGGGCAACAAUCAGCUGUGUGUCAGCCUCUAUGGAGAUGGGGCCGCCAACCAGGGUCAGAUUUUCGAGACCUACAACAUGGCAUCCCUCUGGAAGUUGCCCAUCAUCUUCAUCUGCGAGAACAACAAAUAUGGGAUGGGUACCUCCGUGGAGAGAUCGUCGGCCAGCACGGACUACUACAAGAGGGGAGACUUCAUCCCUGGACUCAGGGUGGAUGGGAUGGACCUCUUGUGUGUCAGAGAGGCCACCAAGUUUGCUGCUGACCACUGCCGAUCUGGAAAGGGCCCUAUCCUCAUGGAGCUCCAGACCUACCGUUACCAUGGACACAGCAUGAGUGACCCCGGGGUCAGCUACCGCACACGUGAAGAGAUCCAGGAAGUCCGCAGCAAGAGUGACCCCAUCUCCAUGCUGAAAGACCGCAUGCUCAGCAACAACAUGGCCAGUGUGGAGGAACUAAAGGAGAUCGACGUGGCGGUGAGGAAAGAGAUUGAAGACGCCGCCCAGUUUGCCACCACGGACCCCGAGCCUCCACUGGACGACCUUUGUAACCAUAUCUUCUACAACGACCCGCCCAUGGAGGUGCGCGGCACCAACCCCUGGAUCAAGCUGAAGUCUGUCAGCUAAAGGAUGACUGCCCACGACCCCCCCCUCCCCCCCCUCUCAUGUUUCCCUUCUCCCUGUCCCUCUGUCUUUCAACCAUGUUCCACCAUCAACGCACACUUUUAACCUUGUUCAAGUUUCCCAAUCCCUCUAAGCAUCUAUAGACUUUCAUUUUUCCUCUUCGAGGCUUAAACCAAGCUAUGUUAAUGAAACACACCCAAAUCCUUUCCACAGUCCACAUAAAAAAAUAUAGAGUGCCGGUAAAAGUUAUUUUCUUUUCAAUCAGUUCGCAAUAAAUUGAAUAUAAAGAUACAGAGAGAGAGGCUGUAGUAUAUGAAAUACAUUUAUAUAUCAUGCCAAAAUAAACCUGUGCCUGCAGGAUGGUGUUUGUGUUCAAAAGUGGUAUAAGCCUUAUGUUUGUAGGUCAUUUAUACCGAGACAUACAUGCACCUCAGAUCCAUCUGGUUUAAAAAGUGAUUACAGGUUAUAGACAUGUUAUAUCUGGGUAGGUUAGGUUUUCUCAAUCGUUAUCUGUCAUUCAUAUUUAUUUCUGAAAAUGUUUUCUAACAAACAGUACUGAUACUGUACCUCGAUAAGAAUAGGAAAUGCCCUCUGUUUGGGAAUCUUGGUGAUAAACUGUUACAGUUUUUAUAGAUAGCAGGUGGGGGGUAUGCUAUGCAGGGACUUGUGCUUGCUGACCCUGCUUUAUUUCGAUGCAUUAAGACGGAAAGGGGAACGUAUGUCUGUGAUUGUCUUUGUACAGUCUGUCAAAAUAAAGACCUCAUUUAAUGAGUAAUACACUA